AAUUCCAAACGCACAAGCAAGCUCAGUAAGCAACGCCAUGGGGAUGAAGCGAUGCAUCCUUCCCAGCAUCCUGCUGAUGCUUUCACUGGAGGCAGCCCUCCUCGUCGCCGGCCGCCCCUCUGUCGACGGCGAGGUGGGUGCCAUUCUCCUGCCGAGCCAAGGCCAAGUUGCAGACCAGCAAGCAGCCAUGGCGGCGCCGAAGAGGCCGUGGAAGUGCUGCGACCGCGCGCGGUGCACCAGGUCCAUCCCGCCGAUCUGCACCUGCGUGGACGAGGCGUUCGAGUGCGCCUCCACCUGCAAGGCAUGCGUGCCGUCGACGCGGAACCCGUCCCUCCAGGUCUGCGAGGAUCAGUACGUCGGCGACCCCGGGCCCAUCUGCCGGCCGUGGGAGUGCUGCGACUCGGCCGCGUGCACCAAGACAGACCCGCCGACGUGCCGCUGCGGGGACGAGGUCGAGCGGUGCGCUCCGACCUGCAAGACCUGCGAGCCGUCCACGUCGGACCCAUCCCUCAACGUCUGCAGGGACGCGUACACCGGGGCCAUCCCGCCCACAUGCACGCCAGAGGCGGUUGCCGCCGGCGGUAACUAGCACGCGCGUCGUCUCUACUCCUGCCUUGCUGCUGCAGCAGCCUGCACUUUGUGACUAUAUAAAAUAAAAUUUGGAUAAGCAACCAUGAAUACGCCAGCAGGUGUUAUUUAUAAUCUUCUUAAUAACUAAAUGGUGCUCGUUUCUUACGUUUCAUCAUGAAACUUUCAUGCAGUUUCGCAAAAGUUCUAUUUCCAAAAGAUAAACUGAACUAGAGAAAGGUCACGGCGUGCAUGUCCCGGUUGCGGUAGCUCGAGAGGCGAAUGGCGCCCAUGCCAUCGGCGGCGAAGUGGGCUGCCUCGAGGAUGAUGGCACCUCUCAGAGCAACUUCAAUGAAGCGACCUAUUUUAUUUGUC